AGAAACCGGAGCCGAAGACGAAACAACCGUUAAAAUAAUAAGGGGGAGAGAGAGAGAGAGGGAGAGAGAGGAUAACGCGGGGGUCGGGCUCAGGGUUAGAGUGUGCGUUACCGGAGAGGUCAGCCCGGGAAUGACGGGGGUCAGAGGGUGAGUGACGAGGGUCAGAGGGUAAAUUGACGAGGGGUCAGGCGGUAAGUGACGGGGUCAGAUUGUGAGGCCUUUGGACGGCGGCUGCAGCAGUGGAUCCGAGCAGCGGGCACUGAACGGCCGCCCAUGGAUAGGGACGCGAACCUGGACGAGGAGGUGGAUCACUCCUUCUUCGACAGCGACUGCGAGGGGAUCAAGCGCAGCAGCCCCCGCCCCCGGACGCGGCCUGCCAGCUCCGGGAAGCCGGGCAGCGCGGCUGGAGAGGGCCGGACGAGCCGGAGCCGGAGCCGGCGGGGCCAAGGAGCGGCGGAGACUGGCCCUGAGGACGCGGCCGAGGACAGAGCUCGGCCGGGAAGUUCCGCUUCGUCAGCCCCAGCCUCCACGUCCGCCUCCCCCUCGCCCCCAGCCUCCCCGUCCCCCUCAUCACCAGCUUCCAACUCGCCCUCACCCCCAGCCCCUGCCUCCCCGUCCUCCUCAUCCUCAUCCAGUGGAAAAGGGACCAGUUUCCCAGAGGAGCCCCAACUGAAAACCACAGGCUCUCCCAACAGUUCGGCAGAUGAAGCGGGAAGUAGUGAAGAAGGACAAAGGGAUAUUGAAGCUAGACCUAGUUCCCAGAGGAGUGUGCCUGGGAACCACACCAGAUCUAAUGAAGCUGCUGAUUCCGAUCCAGACUUAGACAUUGUCGGUUCCAAGUUGGAUUGCUCCUCCUCAUCUUCAUCGGGGAAACAGUCUUUAUGUGCCCCCGCAUGCCAGCGCAAAUCCAAAUCUUCCUCAAAGUCAAGGAAAGGGCAUAUCAAAGACUCCCGCCAGGGCAAGAACCAGGAAGACGACGCAGAGGGUACAGUAACUGACGUGACCGCUCUCUCGAGUCCAGAUAGCAGUCCCAUUCAUACUGUUCGCCGAUGUAAACAAUCAAAAAUUAAGUCCCGCAGAAAAAAGAGCCACAAUAAACAGGAAAAUAUUAGCCAGGAAAUCUACAGCAGCCUGGACUCGUUAAGCUGUGAUAGGGAAAGGGGUCAAGGGAGGGAAAGAUCACGAAGGCAGAGGGAAGCCAAGUCUAGCAAUCUCUCUUCAAAGUCAGAUUCUUUGGAGCCCAAGAGGUUUUGGAGCCCAAGACAUAGCCAGAAGAUCCUCAAUGAUGCCACUGACCUAAACCAGCUACUGAAAGCUAUGAUGCAUUUGGAAAGGAGAGAGCUGCGAAAAAUAGUGGCUGAUUUUCCUGUGCGGAAAUACAAGAAAAACUACACCUUCAGUAAUGAAGAAGCAAAGCGGAUUGAUCAUGAAAAUCAAAGAUUGUUACAAGAAUUGACCCGAAAAGCCACAAAACCAGUAGUUGUCACUUCAAAGGCAAUCGUGCCUUCACCGGUCCGAGUCUACCACAGCACUGUGAACAGACAGCGGGAGCAGGAAAGGAUCGAACGAGAAAACUUGGCUUUUCUGAAGAGAUUGGAGGCAGUGAAACCAACUAAGGAGCUGAGGCGCUCUAAUCAGCUGAUGGAUUACCAGCGACAAAUGUCAUUCAUGGAGUCAUCCUAUUCACAGCAGAGCAGGCCAUCAACAAGACAUAGUUCAAGAUCAUCCAACCGCAAGAAUAUUCAUCCAGUGUCUAAUUCAAGUGCCUGAGAUUCAGCCAAAUCAUCCAAACCUCUUGAGCAGCCUAGUCAUAAGUGUUUAACUGAACUUAGCUAAUUGCUAUUGUUAAGUGACUUGUGUUCUGUGGCCACAUACUGUAUGUUUAAAACAAUUCUUAAACUGUAUUUUAAACAUAAACCGAGCUUCAAUAUUUCUGUCAAGUUGAGCUGUGUUUUAUAAGUGUACAAUGUGAUGUGAUAUAUCUGCUAAUAAGUUUUGUAUAAUAAUUAACCUGGUUCUGAGCAUUUUUAUAAUUGAGCAUUAAUUUGAAUAAUUAACCCAAUAUUAUUUCUAAUAAAGUGUGAAAUUUACAGUA